AUGGGACUCAUGGUUUCCUCUCGCCUCGGCACUGCGACGCUGCCAUCGCACUCACCCUCCUCGAUCCUGUUCACAAACGUCCGCAUUUUCGACGGCCAGGACGAAAUCCCCCGCGGCCACGUUCUUGUCCAGAGCGGAAGAAUCGCAAAGGUUUCCUCCCGGCCGAUAGCUCCGCCGGACAAGGCAACCGUCGUGCUCGACAGGCCCGGUCACACACUGCUUCCAGGCUUGAUUGACGGGCAUGUGCAUGUUUACGAGGCUGCGGCUCUAACCCAGUCGCUGCAGUUUGGCGUCACAACCGUGUGCGACAUGCACAACGAACCCGUCGUUAUCGCGCAAAUGAGACAUGUCGCUGCCACCAACACAGAUGCGGCAGAUCUGAGGUCUGCAUGUCACGGAGCCACCAUCGAGGGUGGAUGGCCUGCUGCACUCCUCUUGUCUCAUGAUCCUUCCCCAGAGUUCAAGGCCGCUCUGGAAAAGUGGCCCAAACUCAAGACGCAAGACGACGUCGACGCCUUUGUCCAGUUGCGCAAGUCGGACGCGGAUUACGUCAAGCUGUUCCACGAAGACGGCAAGUGUCUCCAGGUUGAUCUUCCCAAGCCGAGCCUGGAGCUACAGCGCAUGAUUGCAAGGGCAGCCCACGACAACGGACUGCCCGUCUUUGCGCAUGCCUUUGGGCUGGAAUCCGCCAUUGAGGUUCUGAACGCUGGUGCAGACGGGAUGGCGCAUACCAUCGUCGACUCACCCCCCACCCAAGCGUUGAUCGAGGCUUACAAGAGGAAUAACGCUCACUGCAACCCCACCCUUGUCGGCAUCGCGAGCAUGACCAACCAAGGCCUCAAAGACCAGGAGGAGUAUGCAAAUGACCCACGCGUCCAGAGGUUUCUGCCCGGCCCUGCGAGGGCCAUCUUGUGCAAGUGCGUCGCUUUGUCGAGCGAUAGCUGUCGCGUGGAAUACGCCUACGAGAGCGUGAGAAUGAUGCGCGAGGCAGGUGUCGACGUCAUCAUGGGCACCGACACAACGGGCCGAGUCGGCGGGAUGGCCUUUGGUGUGACGGCCCAUCAUGAAAUUGCCAUGUUUGUCAAGCACUGCGGCUUUGCGCCCAUUGAGGCCCUGCGGUCUGCGACGUCUAUUGCGGCACGGAGAUUCCGGCUCAACGACCGCGGCAGGAUCCAGCCGGGCUUGAGGGCGGAUUUGGUCCUGGUGGAGGGCAAUCCAAUCGAUGAUAUAGGCGACACGUUGAAUCUGAGAGGUGUUUGGAAACAGGGCGUUCUUUGCUCGUCGUAUGCUCUGUAG